AUGAAUCCACCAGGAACCAUCGUUUUCAACACCGUAGGAAGAACACAAUACGGUUUCGAUGUUUUCUACACAGACCUCAAAAACCAUUCCAACGAUCACAUCCUCACCGAUGGUAUCUCAAUUAAUUUCAACGCCCAAUUCACCGAUAACAAACAAACCAUUGCAUUCGUCUCAGAAAGAACCGGUUCGCCCCGUUUUUACCUAUCCCGACCUGAAAAUAAACCCGAACUCCUCCCUUCUAUUCCUAACACACCCUUCCAAGACCGCCCCACAAUUAAAAACGGUAAAAUCUACUUCUCCUCAACGCACGUUCAACCAAACGCGCUUUUCAAAAGCUGGUCUGCUGUUUACUCCACCGCCAUCGACGGCACCGGAGCUCUCACGAGGCUUACACCUCAAGGCGUUGUUGAUUACAGUCCUGCCGUAUCGAUAACCGGAAAGUUUAUUGCAGUUGCUUCAUACGGUUCUCGUCGCUGGGAUGGCGAUUUUCGUGAGCUUCAAACGGACAUCGUCGUGUUCGAAGACUCCGUCCCGGAGAACCGUGUAGUGGUAAGCGAACACGGUGGUUGGCCGACGUGGUUAGGAGAUUCAACUAUAUUCUUCCACAGAAUCGCCGAUGACGGCUGGUGGAGCAUCUUUCGAAUCGACUUACAUGACUUCAAUUUAACCGGAUCUCAAUCUCAACAAACACCGAUUCGAAUCACACCACCUGGUGUACACUGUUUCACCCCCGCCGCAUUGCAAAACGGUAACUAUAUCGCCGUCGCAACUCGCCGGAAAGAAAGCGAUUUCCGUCACAUCGAGAUUUUCGAUCUAGAAACACAGACAUUUCAAAAAAUAACAGAAGCAAUAAACCCUAACUUCCAUCACUAUAAUCCAUUCGUCUCUCCUGAUUCUUGCUACCUCGGUUACCACCGAUUCAGAGGCGAGUCAACUCAGAGCACUCAGGGCGAGUCAACAUACCCACACCUCGACCCUGUGAUAUCUCUGGUUGAUAACAUACGGUUACUAAGAUUAAACGGUGCGUUUCCAAGCUUCUCACCGGAUGGCGAUUUCAUCGCAUUCAAUCACGUUCUCGCAGAAGCAAACGGUGGCGUUAAGAUCAUAAGAUCCAACGGUUCAAAACGAUGGGGUUUAUUAAAAGGAAAAAUAUGCUUCGGUAACGCAUGGAGUCCAACGGAGAAGAACGUUAUAUACACAUCAAUCGGUCCAACAUUCGAGUCAGUUACAAAAACGGUUCAAAUCGGACGUGUGGAGUUCGACCCGGUUGACCUGACUGACGACCGUGAAGAGAUUCCGUUUACGUUAACGAUUCUUACAAAAUAUGAUUCUGGAAAUAAUGCGUUUCCGUCAUGUUCACCGGAUGGGAAGUUUGUAGUGUUUCGUUCUGGUAGGUCGGGGUUUAAGAAUUUGUAUAUAGUUGAUGCAGUUAACGGAGAGAUUAACGGAGGGUUGAGGAGGUUAACGGAAGGGGAAUGGAUUGAUACAAUGCCGAGUUGGUCACCGAGAGGUGAUUUGAUAGCGUUUUCAUCGAAUAGGCACGAUGCUGGGAACAGUGAGGUGUUUGGGAUUUAUGUGGUGAAUGUUGAUGGGAGUGGUUUGAGGAGGGUUGAGAUUGGGGGAAGUAUGGAUGGAAUGAGGGAGAGGUUGAAUCAUGUUUGUUUUAGUGGGGAUGGUGAGUGGUUGUUGUUUACGGGGAAUUUGGGUGGUGUGACGGCGGAGCCGGUGGGGUUGCCGAAUCAGUUUCAGCCGUAUGGGGAUUUGUUUGUGGUGAAGUUGGAUGGGAGUGGGUUGAGGAGGCUGACGUGUAAUGCGUAUGAGAACGGGACGCCUACGUGGUAUCAUGGGGAGUUGUUGUUGUCGGAUAGUGGUGGUGAUGAGGAGGAUGGUGAUUGGGAUAAGUUGAAAGGGGAGUUUCAAGAACCGCUGUGGAUUACGUGUGACAAUUGA